AUGGCGUUCUCCCAUGCUCUCAAGGCGAAUAUAUUGGUGGUAGCCGCUACCUUGGCUGUAGCUCUAGCUCGACCUCAAGAAGGGCUCGGCCACAAAUAUGAACACGGGCAUGCGUACUCGUCUCAAAGUAUUGUUCUUCAUCAGAGCCACGGUCAUGAGCUUGGGCAUGAACAAUUAGGUCAUGUUCAGCUUGGUCAUGUGCAACUCGGUCAUGUGCAGCACGAGCCCGUGCACGUAGUGUCAUAUCAGCCGAUCCAAACUGAAUCUCACCACUCUCACCACCACGCCGUCUCCUCACAAAACAUCCAGCGUCACGACGUGCCCGGCAAGGCGCCCGAGGGCCACCACGACUACUACGCGCACCCUAAGUACGAGUUCGAGUACAAGGUGGAGGACCCGCACACCGGCGACAAGAAGGCGCAGCACGAGGCCCGCGACGGCGACGUCGUCAAGGGCUACUACAGCCUGCAUGAGCCCGACGGCACUGUCAGGAUCGUGCACUACACGGCUGACCACAAAACUGGGUAA